UCAGUCAGACUUCAUUAGCGUUGUCUUGACUAAGCAGAGCACACUCUUCUUCUCCUCUCGUUUACUCUGAGACAGAAAAACAAAAACAGAAUCCCCAGAGUCAUCUGAGAACCUCAUAAUACCUUCUCUGCUCUCUACUGGCCUGCUCUGAUGUCAACCUUGAGAACUUGUAGAGCCUCUAGAACUUACUCCAACACGGAUUCUGGAUUUACAGCAGUGGGGUUUUAGAAAGAGCUCUGGACUUGGAACAGGUUCUGUGAACGAUUCCUGGAAUAUGUUCUGUGGUCAGAGCAGGCUCCAGACUGGGUUCUAGAAUCAAUUCUGAAGUAACAGCAAUAUCUGGAAAUACUGCAGAUUCCAAAGGGCAGGGCAGGCUCCAGCAUGGUUUUUGGGGUCAAAGCAGCCGAUUCAGAAAAGGGUUCUGCAAUGGGACCCAUACUGGGCUCCAGGUCUACAUCAAUGCCUGGGAUGUUAACCUUGCUGCUGGCUGGUUGGUGUGUGGUGUUUGCCACUCCGGUUGGUUGCCACAGUAACUUCUCAUCUGAGCCAUCUCUAUCAGAUCUGAUGAUGUCGCACCUGCCUGAUUUCCACAGCACCGACCCACCUCUAGGACCCGUGGUAGACCAUCUUAUCCAGACAUUAGAGCAAGAGUCACAUCUGUUGCAGGAGACUGUGAACAAGCCCCCGUCCCUCCUGGAGUCUGGAUCAGGAAAGUUGAAACACGCAAGAAAGUUGAAACACAAACAUGAAAGAAAUCCUCACCUGUCUUCCUCCAACUCAUCUCUGGCAGUUCGCAAGCGCCUGGUAUUGCCCCCCAGCUGUCUUCACGAGACAUCGAUAAAAACAGCCUUUAAGUACAUCAACACGGUGCUGUCCUGCGUGAUCUUUGCUGUGGGGAUCAUUGGAAAUGCCACCCUGCUAAGGAUUAUCUACCAAAAUAAAAGCAUGAGGAAUGGCCCAAACGCUCUGAUAGCCAGCCUGGCGCUGGGAGACUUGAUAUACAUUGCCAUCGACAUACCAAUCAUCGUCUACAAGCUCCUGGCAAUGCGGUGGCCGUUUGCCGACAGCGCAUUUGGUCUGUUCCUCUGCAAACUGCUCCCCUUCCUGCAGAAGGCUUCGGUCGGCAUCACCGUCCUGAAUCUGUGUGCUCUAAGUGUGGACAGGUAUCGUGCGGUGGUGUCCUGGUCUCGGGUACAGUGCACAGGCGUUCCCACGGUAACGGCGUUGGAGAUAGUGGUGAUCUGGCUGCUGUCCAUGGGACUGGCUGUGCCGGAGGCCAUCGGCUUCAACAUGGUCAACUUCGACUACAAGAACAUUACCAUCACGACCUGCAUGCUGCAGCCCAAGACACCCUUCAUGACUUUCUACCGGGAUGCAAAGGACUGGUGGAUGUUUGGCUUCUACUUCUGCGUUCCCCUGGCCUGUUCCGCUGUUUUCUACGGCCUGAUGACCUGCGAGAUGCUCAGACACCAGAAAGGAAGUCUGAGGAUCUCACUGAGCGAACACCUCAAGCAGCGUCGAGAAGUAGCGAAGGCUGUGUUCUGCCUGGUGUUGAUCUUUGCGCUGUGCUGGUUUCCGCUGCAUCUGAGUCGCCUGCUGAAGAGGACCAUCUACAAAUCCCAUGAUGCUCACCGCUGCGACUUAUUAAAUUUCCUGCUGGUGCUAGACUACUUCAGUAUCAACAUGGCAACCAUCAAUUCCUGCAUCAAUCCCAUAAUCCUCUACUUCGUCUCCAAGAAGUUCAAGAACUGCUUCAAGUCCUGUCUGUGUUGCUGGUGUUAUUCUGGCUCUCUCUCUAACAGUAUGCUGCCUCUCAAUCACGGGACGAGUCUGCAGUACAAACACACUGACCACUGAGGGGGAGGCGGAACGUCUACGUCUCCCAUCUGCAGCGUGGCACCGUCGCCCCAGCAGCUCGACCGGACCGGACCGAAACGCGGACACCCGACACCCACACAACACGACAGGGACACACUGAUGUGUGACUCUGGGUAUAAAACCGACUAUAUCAGUCCUCUACUGUUCCAUUUUUACCUUUUCAUAACAUAUUCAUUCUGGUUGAAAUAUUAUAUUUUAGUAAAGACUCAUUAUUUUAUGCUGGUAUAUUAUAUAGUAUAUGGCCAAAAGUAUGUGGACACGUCUAUCGGCACGCUUUCUUGCGGUUUUUGGUCCGGGGCUGCUUUUCUCUGUUUGAGUCCAGCGAAGGGAAGUGUUAAUGUUGAAGCAUGCAAUGACAUUUUAGACAACGGUGUGUUUUCAACACAACAUUUUGCGCUAGAGCCUCUCCUGCUCUAACACGACAACGUAAAGACACGGUUUUCCCAGCGUGGGCGUGGAAGGACCGGACUGUCCUGCACAGAGCUCCGCCCUCAACCCCGUCCGGCGCCUUUCGGGCUGAGCUGCAACGUCGGGCCUCGUCGGCCGACAUCGGUGCUGGACCUCACUCGGGCUCCGGCGGCCGAAUGGCGGCAAGUCCCUGGCGGCCAGGUUCAGGAAUACGGCGGAAAGACCGAGGCCGGGUGAGCGGAGGCCGUUAGAUAGUGAGAGAUGUUUCACGUCCACGUACCUUUGGCCAUGUAGGGAAUUUUAUCGUUAUGUUUUAUAUAUAAAAUAUUCCACAUGCAAUUUCCGAGCAUCCCCAGGAGGCUGAAUUUGUUACACCCCACAAUUUGAAACCUCUGCCUGAAUAAAUAACACACCCAUGAUUUUGUCUGUCCUCGGAGCCUUAGCUGCUACUUGCGGGACUAAAAGAUGUUUGUGGAGGAAACACCAUCACAUGUCAGCUUGUUGAAUUAUUAAUGAGUGUUGUGCGUUUCUCACUCUCAGGUCAUCGUUUUUUAUUUGUUAUGAAAUUAUACAUUUGUAUUUAUCAAUA